AUGGAGGAGGGGAGUAUGAUAGAUGUGUCCCUGACGACGCCUAUUCAGGAUAUAUCUGUCUACCAGUUCCCACUGGAACUCGUCUCUGAAGUGCUUCAACAGCAGAAUUCCGAUGUUAUUACCAAAAUUGCUCAUGAAAAUAUUAUUUAUGCUUUGGCUCCUUUACUAGAAAACAACCAUCCCACUCAAGAAAUCUGUGAUUUUUUCAGCAAGCAUUGCAAAAAUAGUCCUCGGUCCAGUAUAGUCAUAGAAUUGUUCACCCCUGUAGUUCAAAGGAUACUGAAGCAUAACAUGGACUUUGGUAAAAACCCUCCAAUGAGAUUCUUUGUUCAGGAGUACAUCCAAGCCCUGAACUGCCAGAAUGACGGGAUCCGAGUUGUCCAGAACUUUGUUAAAAGCAUGCAUGGACCAGCCCAUUGUUGUCCACAUCCUAGAGUCCUGCCCAAUCUGGUGGCCGUCUGUCUGGCAGCGAUUUACAACUUUUACGAGGAAAAGAACAAUGCUAUGCAAAGCAACCUAGAUGGCUGCUACGACCAAAAUGAAUGGACGUUGAAGAUUCUGUGUUACAUAUCGAUGCUGGAGACAAUGGCUCUGUAUGAUGACUGGCGCUUUGUGCUUGGCAGCUUACUCCAGCCCAUUCCAUUUCCUGAUGAUGCAAUUGCAGAUGAGGUCUUCACAUCAAACAUGAAGACCGUGAUCCGUAGUAUUGCUGUGGACAAGAACUGCGAUGUCCAUCAGACGGUGCUUGGUAUCCGAGAGGGCAAGGAAGGAUGGUUUCAUCUCUACUGUCCAGGAGGAAUCGCCUGCGAUGAUGAAGGCAAACUGUGGGGCGUCAUGUUGAAAACGUUGAUUCAGUGUUGCUGCAAGCGGAAGCGCUUCCUGCAGGGCAUGAUAAAGAUGAUCGAGCCGACAAUGCUGCUGGCACUGCGUGACUGCGUGUCUGCGAUGGAGGUGCUGUGUGCGAUGCUGGAGCUGGAGGUGAUCGGCAGCCAGGACCUCAAGAUGCAGAUCAUCACCACGCUGCAGAGCACCACAGAGGGCAAACAGAUGUACGUGGCGCUGUGUGAACGACAGAUCGCUCUCAGGGAACUACAACAGAAAGGAGGCCCAAAGAAACUCACAUUGCCAUCCAAGUCUACAGAUGCUGACCUUUCGAAGAUGCUAAGUUCAGGGUCGUUUGGAAACUUGGAGUGCCUAAGUCUAGCCUUCACGCAGGUGACCAGUUCCUGUGCCCACGAACUCGUCAAGCUGCCCUCUCUCAGAUACCUGAAUCUCUGGUCCACCCAGUUUGGUGAUGUGGGUGUUCAGCUGAUCUCGGAACACCUUCACAAGUUACAAGUGUUGAACCUAUGUGAGACGCCAGUCACAGAUAAAGGACUCAUUUGUCUUGGAGGUUUGAAAAACCUACGCAAACUGAAUCUGAACAGUACAAUAUUGUCAGCAUUGACUUUUGAGUGGCUCAAGGAGAAACUUCCAGCUUUACAGGAGUGUGACGUCAGAUACACAGACGCCUGGUGACAUGAGUAACACCUGCUUGACACACGACGCUCAACAGAGGACCCUUCUACGACUGUACGCCAACGACAGUACAAAUACGACCUCAACAAUUGUGGUUGGGAGAGGGACCAGAAAGAGACUCUUAUCUAAUGUGCCUACAAGCUGCUAUUUGUGUGUGUCUGCAGGAGCUGCAGCCUCUUUAAGGCUUGUUACUACAUGCACAGUGCAUGUAGAGACUCAAAGCUCUUUAAAGAUUCUGUACAAAACAAAACAAAACAAAAGAAAACCCUUUGACAUUCGCAACAUACAGAUAUUCCAGCUGUAUGAUGGACUGAAAUAUCAGUUUAAACAGUUGAAGACAUUCAGAUGUGCUGUUUGUGAUUUUUCUUUUUUUAAAGAGUUGAAAAUGGACAUUCAGAUUUCUGUUUGUGAUUCAGUUUUAAAAAACAACAAAGAGUUGAAAAUGGACAUUAAGAUGUCUGUUUGUGAUUCAGUUUUUAAAUAAGAGAGAGAUUGUUGAAAAUGGAGACAUUCAGAUAUUCUGUUCAUGAUUCAAUGAAAAAUCUUGAAAUUGGAGACAUUCAGAAUUCUGUUUGUGAUUUAGUUUUAAAAAGAAAAAAGGAGAUGUUCAGAUAUUCUGUUCAAGAUUCAAUGAAAAAAGUUGAAAUCAGAGUCAUACAUGACGUUGUGAUUCGGGAAAAGUAUGAAAUGAAAUUGAAAGUUGAAAUUUAACACAUGCAAAUAAUUCCAACUGUUUGUCAUAGAGUGGAAUAACAAAUUGAAAUCUAAAAUGUGAUGGUAUUCCAACCAUUUGUCAUAGAGUGGAAUAACAAAUUGAAAUCUAAAAUGUGAUGGUAUUCCAACUGUUUGUCAUAGAGUGGAAUAACAAAUUGAAAUCUAAAACGUGAUGGUAUUCCAACUGUUUGUUGUCAUAGAGUGGAAUAACAAAUUGAAAUCUAAAACGUGAUGGUAUUCCAACGGUUUGUCAUAGAGUGGAAUAAAAAAUUGAAAUCUAAAACGUGAUGGUAUUCCAACUGUUUGUUGUCAUAGAGUGGAAUAACAAAUUGAAAUCUAAAACGUGAUGGUAUUCCAACCGUUUGUCAUAGAGUGGAAUAACAAAUUGAAAUCUAAAACGUGAUGGUAUUCCAACCGUUUGUCAUAGAGUGGAAUAACAAAUUGAAAUCUAAAACGUGAUGGUAUUCCAACCGUUUGUCAUAGAGUGGAAUAACAAAUUGAAAUCUAAAACGUGAUGGUAUUCCAACCGUUUGUCAUAGAGUGGAAUAACAAAUUGAAAUCUAAAACGUGAUGGUAUUCCAACGGUUUGUUGUCAUAGAGUGGAAUAACAAAUUGAAAUCUAAAAUGUGAUGGUAUUCCAACCGUUUGUCAUAGAGUGGAAUAACAAAUUGAAAUCUAAAACGUGAUGGUAUUCCAACCGUUUGUCAUAGAGUGGAAUAACAAAUUGAAAUCUAAAAUGUGAUGGUAUUCCAACCGUUUGUCAUAGAGUGGAAUAACAAAUUGAAAUCUAAAACGUGAUGGUAUUCCAACCGUUUGUCAUAGAGUGGAAUAACAAAUUGAAAUCUAAAACGUGAUGGUAUUCCAACCGUUUGUCAUAGACAGGAAUAACAAACUGAAAUCUAAAACGUGAUGGUAUUCCAACUGUUUGUCAUAGAGUGGAAUAACAAAUUGAAAUCUAAAACGUGAUGGUAUUCCAACCGUUUGUCAUAGACAGGAAUAACAAAUUGAAAUCUAAAACGUGAUGGUAUUCCAACCGUUUGUCAUAGAGUGGAAUAACAAAUUGAAAUCUAAAACGUGAUGGUAUUCCAACCGUUUGUCAUAGAGUGGAAUAACAAAUUGAAAUCUAAAACGUGAUGGUAUUCCAACCGUUUGUCAUAGAGUGGAAUAACAAAUUGAAAUCUAAAACGUGAUGGUAUUCCAACCGUUUGUCAUAGAGUGGAAUAACAAAUUGAAAUCUAAAAUGUGAUGGUAUUCCAAAUAUUUGCUGUUAGUUGAACGACUGGAAACCCAUGACAAUCAAAUAAUUCGAUUGGUUGCAGUUCAGGUAAAACUUUGAAAUCUGAAUCGUAUAUACUAUUCAGUAAAAAAAAAGUUUAAAUCUGAGACAAUUAGAUCUCAUUACGAGAUUCUAGGUUUUACAGUUAUGUGCAAAAGUUGGAAUCUCAAUCAGGCAGUGAUUUAGUGAAAACGUUGCACCAGAGCCAGUCAGAUAUUUCUGAUAUUUUCUAUUUCAAACAAAAGUUCCAAAUCUAAGACCUGUAAAUAAUUACAAAUAAAAUCUCGUAAAAAUUCCAUCAUUUUUUUUUUUAUUCUAUACAAAAACAAAAUGAAAUCCAUAUAUAUUAAAAUCAGGUUGUUUAUUGUUAGACAAAGAUUUUAGUGACUUGUAAUAUGUGCAAAAUUAACACCAUCAAAUACAGAUUCCAGUAUUUGCAAAUAUGUGGUAAAGUUUCGAGAUACAAGUAGAGAAUCCAGUGGUUUGUAAAUGUGUGCAAAAGUUACCAUCUAAUACAGAUUCCAAUGGUUGCAAAUAUGUGCAAAAGUGGAGAUACAGUUAACAUGUUACAUGUAUAUAGAUUCCAAUGGUUGCAAAUAUGUAUAAAGGUUGAGAUACGGUUAACAUGAUAACUUCUAGUGGUUUGCAAAUGUGUGCAAAAGUUGAAACAGUUACCUUUUUGCACAGAUAUUCCAUUGGUUAACAAAUCUGUGCAAAAUUGAAAGAGUUAUGUUAACAGAUUCCUGUGGUUUGCAAAUGUCUGCAAAAGUUGUAACAAUUAUCAUGUUACACAAAGAUUUUCCAAAGUCUUCAGUGUUAGUGACCAUGAUUGUUAAAUGAAUGACAUCAAAUGGUGUUAGAGAUGGUGAAUAAAUGACACAGGCUACCUGUAACAGUUUGAGUGUUUAGAGAUGGUGGGAGUGUUCAAACAGCAUAUGAACCAACUGUUUGAGUGUUUAGAGAUGGUGGGAGUGUUCAAACAGUAUAUGAACCAACUGUUUAAGUGUUUAGAGAUGGCGGGAGUGUUAAAGAGAAGGACACACAAGCUAUCAGUUUCAGACUAUUGAAAUUGAAACCUGUAUCUUUAUCAACAUUUUGAACAGAAUGUGAGAAAUGAACAAAUAUGGAAGCAUACUGUCACGCUCUUGUGCAUACAACCUUUAUGCUGACUGAUACAGCGAUACAAUCUUGAAUUUGCCAAUGUUUGUUUUUGUCCAGUUUAAGGUGGCAAGUUCAUAAAAAAUUACUAUCUGGGCUGAGUUCAGCCAGACUGAGCACAAAAAUGUCUGCUAGACUGGUUUAUGUGCUUUACGUUAAACUGAAUGACCACUUCGGAAACCAGUCAAAAUAGUUUGCAAACGUUAGUGAUAAAUAGCUGGCUGAACUCAAGUCUGGACUGAUACUGUGUAGUACAUACUGUACAUACUGUACCACAUAGUAUUACAUACUACAGUUACCUUGCUUGUCCACUAGUGCAUGUGCAUUCGCUGAUGUGGAUACGCUAAAAUACCACACAAUGAAAUAACUGUGUUCUUUUUUCAGGUCCGGCAUAUAUGGCUACAGAUUUGUUUUCUUUCAUCCGGAUCAUGUAGCAGUAUAGAUCCAAAAACAUAUCCGAAAACACACACGUGGAUAUAAAAGCGUACUGGUAACACACAAAUGGACACACACAUACAAAACAUAUCCACGUUUGCAUCCACAAUGCAUAAGCAUAAGUGAACAUGCAACUUUAUACUGUGCACUAUUUAAUACUAUGUAUUAUACUAUGUAUUGAGAAGUAAAUUUGCAUUGCAUGAUAAAAAGUUAAGAUUCUUUUUAUUUUUUGGAAUAUUUUGUCCAUAUACAUGCAUACAAAGCAUUGAACAUACCAGAAUAGCAAUUGUUGUCAAUAAAAUGGAAAUGAAAAAAUAUAUCUUGGCGAGAAAAAACAAAGGCUUGGGUACUUGCAGUGCAUCCAUUCUGCACACCCCACCACCUCUCCAACACCCCCCACCCCCUCUCCAACACACCCACCCCCUCUCAACACACUCACCCCCUCUCCAACACAGCCAAACCCCUCUCCAACACACCCACCCCACUCCAACACAUCCACCCCUUAUCCAACACACCCCACACCCUCUCCAACACACACACACACACACUCUCCAACACACCCCACCCCCUCUCCCACACACACACACACACCCUCUCCAACACACACCACCUCUCCAACAAGCCCCAAACUGUCUGAUGUGCCAUGAUCAAAGUUGUUUCACUAUAAACUUCGAACAGCCCAGAAUAACAAUUCUUGUUGAUAAAAUGGAAAGAAAAAAUAAAUUGCCGAGAAACAAACAGAGGCUUGGGUCCUUGCAAUGAAACAUUUUGCACACCCCACCUCCUCUCCAACACACGCUGUGUUACAGACCUGUUUGAUGUGCCAUGAUCAAAGUUGUUUCAGUACAAACUUUUGCCUUGAUCAAUUGGAAUUCUGUAUGUCAAUCAUACAGAUGUCGAUUACUGUACCAUCAUAUACAUGUGACAACAUUUCGACAUAACCCAUUGCAUGUAAUAUGUAUAUAUAUUAUACUUGUGAGCAGUGCUCAUUAUUACACUUGACUUUCUACUUGUGUGUUUUGAAUGUGUAAUAUGUGUCACUGUUGUGAAAUGUCUUUUAGUUCUUUAAAGUCAGGAGACAUUCAUUUUAAUGCUGUGCACUUGAAAUGUUUCAAGAAAAUCAAAAUGUUCAUAUUUUUUUUUAAAUAUUCCUUACUGUCUGAUUGGUCUUGUUGAUCAAGACGGAAGUGUGUGUUUGAAAGUUCACCGAGAACGAUAUAGUGCUGAACCGCAAGCCUUAAGUAUUUGUACAUUGUAUAUAUAGUGCAUGACCUCUGCAUAUUUUGAUACACCUGUAACUUCUUUAUAUCGAUCUUCAUGUAAUCAGGCUUUCCAGUGUCUAAGAAAAUUGUAGAAGAACAAGUUCCAAUGCUUAUAUCCAUUGUAAAGAAAAAAAUAAUCUAGUAAUAGCAUUGUUUUACCACACCAGUGUCACUGGAAUUUUAGAACAAGCUUUAGUGCUUAUCCUUGUAAAUAGUUUUGUCCAGUAAUCGUGUUUUAUCACACUGAGAUAUUUUACUUAUUAUGUCUUGCCUUCAAGUGACAGACCCUAGUUUUUAAAUACUGCAGCAUAUUUUUCACUAUUGAAAAGGGUCUUUUUUAUCAUUGAAAUCAAACAUUACUAAGAUUUUUUUGUUUAGAUUAUCCAUUUCAGUACACCCAAAGUGUCUCUGGUCAUCCUGCUAGUUUUAAUACAUUGUAUCACAAAAUGCAUUUUUAAAAUUUUGUUUAAAAAUGUACAUACCUCUGAGAAGUAAUGGUUAUGGAGAUAAGCUCUAGUCUAAUUAUAGAGGGCAUUUCCCCAUUUCAACAUCACAGACUCUAGUUUUACUCUGUUGUUAAAGUGUGUUUAGUUUAACAAGACCACUAGAGCACAUUGAUUUAUUAAUCAUCAGCUAUUGGAUGUAAAACAUUUGGCA